UGUAAUUCUUAACAUCCAUUGCACGCUUGCAGGGUAGUAGCUAGCAUAGUUUCAGUUCAGAUAACUAACUGUAUAGUAGUAGAAUGCAGCUUGAAUGCACUGGAGCUUAAACUUUUGUUUGUUUCAGACAUGGAAGAGAGAAAGAAAGAAGGAAUAUCAAAUAAAUAAAGGUUCAUGCAGGAACAAAGUAGCAGUAGUACUUAUUAAGUGGUUCAACUGUCAAAUCUCAUAGGUUUUCUUUGCAAUAUUAUUUUCAAUAUGGUUACUACUUAAGAGUAAGACCACCACACCCCUGCUCCACUUCCAAGUUCGAGCUCAGAGCAAGACACACGCGCAGACGCCAUGGCCUCCUCUAAGCUCUUCCUCCUCAUCAUCAGUGCCAUCAUCUCCAUGGCAAUCACUAGUAGUCCGGCGGCUGCGGCAAAUGGUCGCAUACAUCUCAUCAUGGUGAACAACUGCGCCGAGUCGGUGUGGCCGGCCAUGCUCGGCACCACCGGCCACGCCACGCCGCAGUCGGGCGGCUUCCACCUCGGCCCCGGCGAAGAGACCACCUUCGACGUGCCGGUAGGGUGGUCGGGGCGGGUGUGGCCGCGCCGGGGCUGCUCCUUCGACCCGCGCGGCAUGGGCAAGUGCGCCACGGGCGACUGCGGCGGCGUGCUGCGGUGCGGGGGCGCCCCGGGCGCCACCCCGGCCACCGUGGUGGAGAUGACGCUGGGGACUCCCCAGUCGCCGAUGCACUUCUACGACGUGAGCCUGGUGGACGGGUUCAACGCGCCGGUGUCCAUGACGCCGGUCGGUGGCGGCCGCGGGUGCGGCGUGGCGGCGUGCGGGGCGGACCUGAACGUCUGCUGCCCGUCGGCGCUGGAGGUGAGGGACCGGGAGGGGAGGGUGGCCGGUUGCCGGAGCGCGUGCCUGGCGAUGGGCAGCGACAAGUACUGCUGCACCGGGGAGUACGGGACGGCGGCGGCGUGCAAGCCCACUAUGUUCUCGCACCUCUUCAAGGCCAUCUGCCCCAGGGCCUACAGCUACGCCUUCGACGACGCCUCAAGCCUCAACCGCUGCAAGGCCAACCGAUACCUCAUCACAUUCUGCCCACCACAACCUGAAUGAGGCAUCGCUAUCAAUCACCAUGUAUUUAUAUUUCUGAAUCCAAAACCUGAGUGAACUGUGUAGCUACAUGGAGUAUAUGAUACAGUAUGAGGGUGUUUGGGAUGUUA